UGCAGUUCUUCGGCGGCAGCAUCGCAGAUGCCCAUGCUCACGAUAUUGCUCAGCAUUUGUUUUGUGUGGUAUUGUUUCUUUACGCCCACUUGACUUUAUUUAUUUAUCGCUUUAUUUCAUUGAUCGGCGGAGUGAAGUGAUGAUUGGUGUGAUUUUUCCUAAUUGCCAUUGCCGGAUUUAAUUGUGUGGAAAAAGAAUGAAUAAAAUUUGUACUUUUAUGAAAAGUGAUUACGAAAAACAGAAAAUGUUGCUUUUGCCGGACAUUUCCAUUCCUCAGGGAUCCGAUCCCCGGGUGGCAACAUGUCGUGGAAAGCUCCAAAACCGCCGUUCGAAGCUCAAUCAGGAGAUUAACAAGGAGUUGAGGCUGAGAGCAGGAGCGGAGAAUCUCUUCAAAGCGACGACAAAUCGGAAGUUGAAGGAAACGGUGGCUUUGGAGCUCAGUUUCGUCAAUUCCAAUCUGCAGCUGCUGAAGGAGCAGUUGGCUGAGUUGAAUUCGUCGGUGGAAUUGUAUCAGAGUGACAGUACCGAUGCUGUCAUGCCCAUGAUCCCACUCGGCCUCAAAGAAACUAAAGAGAUCGACUUCCGGGACCCCUUCAAGGACUUCAUCCUGGAGCACUACAGCGAAGACGCCAACCAAUACGAAGAUGCCAUAGCCGACUUCAUGGACACACGACAAGCCAUAAGGACACCCCUGAGGGACACCGCCGGCAUUUCCUUGCUGUUUCGCUAUUAUAAUCAGUUAUAUUUCGUGGAGAGACGAUUUUUUCCGCCCGAUCGAUCCCUAGGGAUAUAUUUCGAGUGGUUCGAUUCGUUAACCGGUGUGCCAUCGUGUCAAAGGACUGUAGCUUUCGAAAAAGCGUGUGUUUUGUUCAAUAUGGGCGCGAUUUAUACGCAAAUUGGUGCUAAACAAGAUCGCUCCACGGCGAAGGGAUUGGAUGCUGCUGUUGAUAGUUUUCUAAGGGCUGCGGGGACGUUUAGGUAUAUUCACGAAAAUUUCACUAAUGCGCCUUCGAUGGAUUUGGGGCCGGAAAUGUUGGAAAUGCUCGUGCAACUCAUGCUGGCCCAAGCUCGCGAAUGCCUCCUCGAGAAGCUCGACCUGCAAUCAAAAGAAAACCGCUCGAUCGACAUCUGCCUCGACCUUGCCCAAGAAGCCGCCCAUCUGGCCGACUGUUACAGCCAAGUCUACCAACUCAUAAUGACCGAAUCCGUCCACGAUUACGUCCCUUACAGUUGGAUCUCUUUGGUCCAAGUAAAAAAAGAAUACUACACCGGCAUGGCCCAUUACCAUGUUGCUUCCGGCGUCCUUCACAAAGAAGCGGCAAAAAUGUCGCCCACCACCAAAGCUACCCUCCAGUUCUUGCACGCGGAAACGGCCUCCACACAACUCGACAUCAGGUUACCGAAAGACGACGCGGAAAGAAGACUUUUAGGUCGGGCGCACCUAAGGGAGUCCUUGGUGUUGCACGAGGAGUGCCAGCGGUUGCACCGGAUGUGUCGCGAGUUGCGAGGCAAGCAGGCCCUCACCGCGGUUCUGCGAAACGCCCACAAAACCGCCCUUCAGACUUACACCAACCAUGAGAAUGAGGACGACUUCAGCGACGUUUUGGACCCACCUCGAGUGCAAGCCGCGACAAAAUUUCAACUGGCGCUGACACCCCCCGACUUCGCCCAGUACCGAGUCAACGACCUUUUUCGGGCCCUGGGCCCCAUUGCGAUUUUUUCGGCGAAAAGGCAUUGGACGGCCCCUAGACUAGUCCAGCUGCACCGCGGGAGGACCUCUGAAGGCUUCGGGUUUUCAGUCAGAGGCGACGCUCCUGUCAUUGUGGCUAUUGUUGAAGCGAAUUCUCUCGCAGAGUUCGGCGGUGUCAAAGAGGGUGACUUCAUCGUGGCAAUUAGCGAUAAAGAUGUUAAAUGGUCCUCGCAUGAUGAAGUCGUGGCUCUUAUCAAAAAUGCCGGAGAUUCUUUAAGUCUCAAGCUGGUCACUCCAAUGGACAGGAAUUAUCUUAAACCAACAAAGUCGACAAAAGGCUCCAUUUCGACGCAUAGUAGCAGUUCGGGGGUGUCCAGCGGCAUGUCUAGUCCCUCAGGGUCGAUGGCACAACACAAAAAUAGUAAAAGAUUAGGAUGGAUUCCUUUCAAACGGCAUUCCUCGUCGAGAGAAGGCAAAGAUUUUUUCGAGAAUGUUAUUUUGAGAUAAAUCAUUUUCUUAUUUAGAUAGAAAUUGUGUAAUUAUAUGGACUUUAUGUCACUGUACUGAAACGAGAUUUAUUUAUUUUUUUAUCGCAACUAAGGAUAAGUAAAAUGAAUGAUUGAUAUGUCAUAAUGUAGACAACAACACUGCGUUAUUGCAUUAUUAUUUAUAGUCGGUACUGUACAACACAAUUUUUAUUAUUUAUGUACUAGAGAUUUAUAUUGUUAUUUUGUUUGUAUAUUAUAUUUAUAAAUGAUGUGUACGAUACAAAUCGAAAUAAAUACUAUAUGCUA